AUGAUAACCAAAACCCAGCAGGAACCUGGUGGCACAUUUUCAGAUUCAAAUUCAUCAGAUCACAUUAUUAUCUCAUCUAAGCCAAGGAAACUUCUGCCAGCUUUAAUCAAUUCUACAAAUGGGGAUUUGUCAGACAUCGACAAUAAAGAAGGAAGUCCUAUUCUCUUUUCAGAUGAUGUUAGGACAUAUUUCACUAAUCCAUGGAUGACUCAGUUUCUCCCCACAGUCGAGAGUCUUAUGUUUGCUCUGGGUCUUCCCUUAAAUGCUUUGGCUAUUCAUAUUUUUGUGACGAAGACGAAGCUUUGGAAGCCAGCCAUGGUGUAUAUGCUCAAUCUGGCUUUUGCAGAUCUACUUAUGCUGACCAUGCUGCCUCUUAAAAUCAUAUACCUUUUCAGUGGACACAAUUGGGUCUUUGGGUCAAUUAUGUGCCAAUUGGCCUGUUCUACUAUAAUGUGCAACAUGUACUGCUCCAUUCUGCUGAUGACAGGGAUCAGCAUUGAUCGUUUCUUGGCUUUGGUUUGCCCCAUGAAGUCUCUGUCCUGGCGCACAGCAAGACGGGCCUCUGUGGUCUGUUUUGCCAUCUGGCUGAUCGCCAUAGUGGGGACGAGCCCAUUGCUGGUCAUUGAUCUCACUCUAUGGAUACCUCAGAUGAACAUUACCACUUGCUUUGAGGCGCAAAACUUGUCUGCUUCUGUGGACUUCUUCAGUUAUUAUUUAUUUACCUUAUCUGCUUUCUUCUUCUUUAUCCCGUUAUUAAUUUCUACCACUUGUUAUAUAUGCAUCAUAAGGCGACUUUUUUUGUCCAAGUUUAUGGUACAGCGAGGGAGGAAGAGACGUGCUAUCUUCUUGUCCGGCGUUGUCUUGUGCACCUUCUUUCUUUGUUUUGGUCCAGCCAAUAUCCUGCUAGUAAUGCAACUCUUUUUUCCGCAUGAACAUCUUCGGAGCAUCUUUUUUGCCCACAUGUUCAGCCUUUCGCUGAGCACCCUCAACUGUUGCCUCGACCCCUUAAUCUACUAUUACGCCUCCUCAGAAUGCCAGAGGCAGGUCUGGAGUGUUUUGUGUCCCAGAAAGCUGGUUCUGGUUGGAAAAACAAACAGCAACAGUGCACCCUCUGCCAAGAGCUUAGACCCUUCGUUUCCCAUUUAG